AUGGGGAAUUGUUCUAUCAAAAGGGUCGCCGGAAAAUGCCCAGAUUCAGUUCGGAUUAUUACAAAAUCUGGUGGCGUUGGAGAUCUUAAAGGUCCUAUGUUAGUCGGAGAUGUCCUAAAUGGUCAUCCAGGGUAUGGCAUAUUCAGGUGCGCAUCGUGGUCUAAUCCAUUGCCAAAGCACGAAUGGCUUAUUAAUGGUCAUUCCUACUACUUGCUUCCGCUUGAGAAGAUACCAAUUGAGCCACCGAAGGUGCCAACUGAUGCGGCGACGUUGAAGGAUUUUGAGAAUGGAGCUGCUGCUGUGCAGGUCCUGCCAUCGCUUGGAAAUGGUGUGUGGAGAGUGAAGUUGGUGAUUGGGAGUAAGGAAUUGGAGGAGAUUUUGAAGCAAGAAGGGAAUACUGAGGCACUGAUUGAGACCAUGAGAGCGGCUGCAAUGUUGACUCCAAUGAGACGUUCCAAGAAAUCUUGGAAGCCUAAGGUGUUCAAAGUGCCAGUGGCUGGUGAGAAAUGA